GUUCUCAUCAGCUCACUGCACUAUUCUCAUUUUUUGUGCCUGUCGUUCAUUCCAAACAAAGUCCAGUGCAAAUCAAGUGUUGGUGUGGAAUUAUUGUUUCCAAGCUGUAUAGUAUUGUUGACCUUUGCAGUUGACUUUUGAAUGAACCGUCUCUGAGAGGAACCACCACGGGAAGGAGAAGAACCCGCCGCGUCUUUCUGCCACCAUGCCGUUGGCCCACACUCACCCAUGGGGCGUGGAUUCCAAAGUCGUGGGAGCAGCCUCAGCCGGCCACCACGUUGCUGCGCUGGAUGAAUUCAAGGAGGAUCACGUUUUACCCAUUGAGAAAGAACGUGAUUUGGAUGUAGCAAAGCUGAUUGCUGAUCGUGAAACUGAGGAGGAAGAGCAUGUUACGACGGACGAUUUCGAGCUUCUCAAAGUCUUGGGUCAAGGCUCUUUCGGGAAGGUUUUCUUGGUCCGCAAGAAAACCGGUACAGAUGCUGGUAUACUGUAUGCCAUGAAAGUGCUGCGAAAGGCCACUCUGAAAGUUCGGGAUCGUGUUCGCACAAAGAUGGAGCGAAACAUUCUUUCAGAUAUUCAGCACCCGUUCAUUGUGUCCAUGAAAUAUGCAUUCCAAACCAAGGGCAAGGUCUACAUGAUUCUAGAGUUUUUACGCGGUGGUGAUCUUUUUACUCGUUUAUCCAAGGAGGUGAUGUUCACUGAGGAAGAUGUCAAGUACUAUCUGGCCGAGCUGGCUCUCGCGCUGGAUCACUUGCAUUCGCUUGGUGUUAUCUACCGCGACUUGAAACCAGAGAAUGUUUUGCUCGACUCGGAAGGCCACAUAAAACUGACUGACUUUGGACUUAGUAAGGAGGCUGAGGACGAGCAGAAGACUUUCUCCUUCUGCGGUACAGUGGAGUACAUGGCGCCUGAGGUUGUCAACCGCAGGGGUCACGAUGCAACGGCUGACUGGUGGUCUUAUGGUGUACUCAUGUUUGAGAUGCUUACCGGUGCCUUGCCAUUCCAGGGAGAAAACCGGAAGGCAACGAUGACCAUGAUUCUCAAAGCCAAGCUAGCCAUGCCCCAGUUCCUUAGCCCGGAAGCACAGAGUCUCCUUCGCUUGCUCUUCAAAAGAAACCCUGUCAAUCGAUUAGGUUAUGGCCCAGAUGGCAUCAAGAAUAUCAAGGCUCAUGCAUUCUUCAGAGUUAUUGACUGGGAUAGACUGUAUGGUCGUGAAGUUGAUCCUCCCUUCAAGCCAGCAGUACACAAGGAGUUCACGUUUUACUUCGACCCGGAAUUCACCAACAGAACACCCCGAGAUUCUCCUGCAGUACCGGAGAGUGCGAAUACGCAGAAGAUCUUCAGAGGGUUCAGCUUUGUUGCCACUGACUUGGUGAAGGAAGCGGAGAAGGAAUCCGGUGUAGCAGCAGCAGCACCACCAUCACUCUCCUCGUCCAACUAUGCGCAGCGGAUUGAAACCAAGUACAAUGUCCUUUCAGAAUCUCUCGGCGAAGGUUCCUACUCACAAUGCCGAAAAUGCGUUAGCAAGGUCACUGGAGAAGUGUGUGCCGUGAAGAUUAUUGAUAAGAUUAAGCGUAACCCAGAGGAAGAAAUCGAGAUCCUCUUGCGUCACGGUAACCAUCCUAACAUCAUCCAAGUUCGAGAUGUCUAUGAUGAUGGUCAGCACGUGUUUCUGGUCACAGAGCUCAUGAAAGGUGGUGAGCUGCUGGAUCGCAUCGUCAAGCAAAAGCACUUCACAGAGCGAGAGGCUUGCAUGGUGAUGCGAACGUUAGCCAACACCGUGUGCACACUUCACAAGCAAGGGGUUGUGCACCGUGACCUGAAACCAAGCAACAUUCUGUACGCAGAUGAGAGUUGCAAUCCAUCAUCGCUGCGUAUUGCUGACUUCGGUUUCGCCAAGCAGCUGCGCGCAGAGAACGGUUUGCUGAUGACGCCCUGCUACACAGCCAAUUUCGUUGCACCCGAAGUGCUGAAGAAGCAGGGCUACGAUGCGGCUGCAGAUAUCUGGAGCUUAGGCGUCCUUCUCUACACUAUGCUGGCUGGGGAGACACCAUUUGCAACAGCUGACACGGACUCACCAGCGCAGAUCCUCUCGCGAAUCACCGAGGGCACUAUUCAAAUGGCUGCCGGCAACUGGGAUGCUAUUUCCGAGAUGGCCAAGGACUUGGUGCGGCAAAUGUUGCACGUCAACCCCAAUCAGCGGCCUACUGCAGAAAUGAUCCUCUUGCAUCCGUGGAUCAAAGCACUUGACUCUCUUCCCAAUGAGAAGCUUCAAGUUCGUAAUUUUGGCGUGAAGCGUGCUGUCGAGAACACAUUCUUGGCAAUCAGUGGGCCGCCGGAGAAGAAAGAACUGGACGCAGUAGUGUCAUCCGAGUUAGCUCGCCGUCGCCAGAAACACAUUAAACCAAUUGGCAACAGUGACGGUUCCACAGCCCUGUAAUCUCACUGCUUGCUACAUUGCACGUCCAGCCACCAAUGGUCUUACGAUUGUGUCAGCAAACCGUACCCGUUUGCUUUUGCUCUAUUUUCGACAUUACUCGCCCGCCAAGGCUUUUCAUUGGCGCUUUGAUGCUGCUGCUGCCACUGCUGCUGCCGCCGCUACUAUUUCUACAUGUAGUACUGCUAUUGCCGCUACUGUCGUUACCUUCGUUCCCAUCGCCGCUGCUAUGAUCUUUUAAUUGACGGCUUUAUCUGCUGUUGCCUCUUACAGAGGCCUGAUGCUUGUAGUGGCACGGCCAAGAUAUUGUUGGCAGUGCACAUUCUCCAUGUAUCUAGGUUCUCAUUUUCCAGUGGGUGUGACCAUUCUUCUUUCUUUAUGUUGCAGUGCACACAUUCCCUUGUGCGCUACUGGCUAUCAGUUCUAUGCCCAAGACAAACAAGCUCUCCUAUCCAAUCUCCCCCCCCCCCCCCCUCACACACACCGCCUGUAUGUUUUGUUUCGUUUGUCAGUGAUGAGUAAACCCGAGUUCAUGCCAUAACUAAUAACAAUGUAUUUAUCUGUCUCGUUUCUUUGGAGGUUACACAGUCACAUGCACACUUUCUUUACCUGAAGGCGUUGUACCGCUUGUACACUUUUCUCCACUGCAAACAGUCAUAUUUUAUGAAUACAGACUCUACCUCUGUCUGUCUCUGUCCAUGUCUCUCUCUCUCUCUCUCUCUCUCUCUCUCUCUCUCUCUCUCUCUCUCUCUCUCUCUCUCUCUCUCUCUCUCUCUCUCUCUCUCUCUCUCUCUCCUGUAGAUACUAGACAUGAUCUUUUUCUGCUCCUAGAGAUUAUAGUUUCAGCUUGAUAGGCCCACCCUAGCACAGUGUGAUGUUGGCAUACAAUACUGAUACUUAUGAGUUUACUCCUAUCAGUCCUCUUUUGAACAGAAAGAGAAAUAAUCCACGCCA